AUGGGGCGGAAACCAGGGAUCAACCUGCAGCUGAUCCUGGGCUGGUGGGAAGCUGGGAGCAGCCCCAGGAGAUGUGAGACAGUACAGACUGCAGCGAUGGGUCUUCCGGACGGUGGCUGGGGCUGUGCUGUGCUGGGCACUUGCUUCAUGGUCACCGGUUUCGCCUAUGGCUUCCCCAAGGCCAUGAGUGUCUUCUUCCAUGCGCUCAUGACCAACGUUGGUGCCGGCUACAACGACACAGCCUGGGUGUCAUCCAUCACGUUGGCCAUGCUCUACGGCACUGGGCCCGUGUCCAGCAUCCUUGUGAGCCGCUUUGGUUGUUGCUCGGUGAUGCUGGUGGGUGGGCUGUGGGCCUCGGCAGGCAUGAUCCUGGCCUCCCUUACCACGCACCUCCUGGAGCUGUACCUGACCGCUGGAGUGCUCACAGGUGAGGGUUUUCCCCUGGUUCUGGCCCUCAACGUCCAGCGCUUGCUCAUCACGCUUGGGCUGUACUUAGAGCGCAGGCAGCCUCUGGCCAAUGGGCUGGCGAAGGCGUGCUGCCCCAUGUUCCUGUAGGCGCUGUAGCCACUGGGUCAGAGGUUGCUGGAGCACUUCGACUGGCACGGGGGCUUUCUGCUGCUCGGGGGCCACCUGGGGCACUGCUGCGCGUGCGGCGCCUUCAUGCUGCCGCCUCCUGGACCGCGCCCAGCCGGCAUCAGGGUCACCGCGGAGGAGGUGGAAGCGGGCGGCGCCGGGCUGCGCCUGGGCGACGCGCCCCCUGGCGGCCGGAUCCGACACCGCCCACUGGACGUGGCCAUGUGCGCCGAGCCCGCCUUCGUCGUGUACGUGGUCACCAAGUUCCUGAUGGCCUUCGUGCCUGUCAUCCUGCUGGUGAACUACGCCAAGGACUCGGGAGUGCCUGACGCCGACGCCACCUUCCUGCUGUGCAUCGGGGGCUUCAUGGACAUCGUGGCGCGGCCGACGUGCGGCGCCCUGGCGGGCCUGGGGAGCCUACAGCUGUACGUCGCCUACCUCUUCAGCCUGGCCUUGCUGGCCAACGGGCUCACCGACAUAGGCAGCGCGCGCUCCUACGGCGCCCUGGUGGCCUUCUGCGUAGCCUUCGGGCUCUCUUACGGCAUGGUGGGCGCCCUCUUCCCUAGCGCGCUGGGCCUGCUGCUGCGUGUGGAGGCUGUGGCGGUGCUCAUCGGACCACCCUCUGCCGGCCAUCUUGUGGACGUGCUGAAGAAUUACGAGAUCAUCUUCUCCCUGGCCGGCUCUGAGGUGUCCGCAGGACUCUCCAUGGCCACUGCCACCUACCAUGGCCUGCGUGGCUCUCAGGACCUCCUACCUGGCCCAGAUGCUGAGGAUGGGGUCAGUGACACUGAAGAUGCUGAGGCUGAAGGGGACACUGAGACCCUGCCUAUCAGGGCAGCAAAGUUUGAAAGCCUUGAGCCCCUGGAGGUACAGAGCCCCCAGACCAGGCCCACGGAACGUGAGGCAGAGGCAGGUGCCAAGCUGGAUGCUGGGCCAAACCCCAAGCCGGUGCAGCACUCGGAACAGUAG